UGUUUAAAAAAUAAAUCGUAAAUUUGCUCUCGGCGCCGGCAUCCAAAAACCGAAUAUUCUAGACAUCGGGAGUACAAAAGUCACCUCGCUCAAUUCUCUUCAUUUGUUUCCGAGAUUUGAGAAGAGAAAACUUCUAUUUCAAUAUAAAAAAUGGCCAACGUUGUGAAGAAACUAGUACCCCUUUUGGACCGUGUACUCAUCAAGAGGGCUGAAGCCGUCACGAAGACCGCGGGAGGCAUCAUGAUCCCUGAGAAGGCUCAGUCUAAGGUACUGCAAGGAGAAGUUGUCGCUGUUGGUCCCGGCGCGAGGAAAGAUAAUGGUGAAUUCGUCCCAGUCCUCGUGAAGGUCGGCGACAGAGUCCUGCUUCCCGAGUACGGCGGCACCAAGGUAUCCCUCGAGAACGAUGAGAAGGAAUACCACCUCUUCCGAGAAGCUGAUAUCCUGGCGAAGAUCGAUAACUAAAGGUUUAGUUUUAAUUUCUCGUUAUUCCAGUUUGGUUAGUCAUAAAAUAGGAGUAGUGAAUGGACAUUGCGAUUGUGUAAUCCGUUGGAUGCUGAUGAAUUUGAUGUUAACUGCGUUGCAUUUCUAAUUAUAAUAUUGUUAUAAAA